AUGUGUGCUGGCGCAAUAGAUGGCACGCACAUACCAAUACUUGCACCAGUUGAAAGCCAUGUAGAAUAUGUGAACCGUAAAGGUUUUCAUAGUAUUAUCAUGCAAGCAGUCACCGAUUGCAAUUAUCUAUUUCGAGAUGUGGUCAUUGGAUGGCCUGGAAGCGUCCAUGAUGCGCGAGUUCUCUCCAACUCUGCAAUUUUCAAAAAUGGAAAUAAAAAACACCUUUUUCCUGCUCGUCUCGUAAAGGAAAUUGGAGGAGUCGAAAUAGCACCUUUUCUUGUGGGCGAUCCUGCUUACCCUCUAUUGCCAUGGUUGCUGAAGGGAUAUCUCAGAAACAAUGCUUCAGAAAUGGAAAAAAGGUUUAACUACAACCUUAGCCGAGCAAGAAUGACGAUCGAAAAUACGUUUGGAAGAUGGAAGGGAAGAUUUGUCAGGUUUGGUAAGCGAGUAGAUAUGGAAGUAUCCUCUCUAGUUAACGUUGUACACGCAUCGUGUAUUUUACAUAAUAUGUGUGAACUUCAGAAAAACAACUUUCUGCUUGACUGGGAGGUGGUGGGGGCUAUUGAAGAAUUGAAUGAGCCAGAAGAUGAGAUUGAGGCGGCACAAGAUGCUGACAAUAUCCGCAGUGUUCUGACAGAGCACUUUGCUUGA